CAAAACAAACAAUUCAACUUUUUUUUUUUUUUGACAAAAGUCCAAAAAUUUGCUCCAAUUUUAUUCUCAGUCCUCUCCUUUCUCUUGUUUCUGGUUUUUCUUGACUACUCCUACUAAGCAAGAACACACCAUUUUCCCUCACAAAACCCCCUCAAAACCCUCCAAAAAUAAAUAAAUAUCAAAUUUCACUUCAAUUCUGAAGAUUUUGCUGGUGAAAGAGCUAAUUCAAAUCAUCAUAUAUACCUUCUUUAUUUUUUACACAAAAUUGCAAAAAGUUGGAAGUUCAAUGGUUCAAUUUUAAGCUCAUUUCAAAAUCCGCAGUUCUAGUUCUAAAUACGGCAGAAUCAUCGCCCUAAAACCCGCAAAAUAAUGAUAGUGGACUGCGGAUGUUGUUCGUGGAGUAGUCAUUUGAUUGUUGUUGUUGCUGGUGAUGAUGAUGUCUCAGUUACACUCCCAAAACAACAAUAGUAACAGCAACAAUAACAACAACAGCAGCAACCCUCAUCAUCAUCACCACCACCAUAAUCAGCCACCUCCGCCUCCGCUAUCUCUAUCGCCUCUUACUCCCUCCUCCCACCGUGAUGCCGUUCCCGUUUCUGCAUUCCAAUUGGAUGUCCACCCGGCAAGGGUUCGGGUCUCGGAUAUCGCCCCCUACGAUGGGGCACCUUGUGGGACUUACUUGAAGGCGGUGGAGGCCCUUUCUGGGUCUCUUGUGAGGCAUAACGCCGCCGUUCUUGAGCUUGGAAGUAGCGAUGCCGCGAUCAUGAGGUGUGGGUUGGAGUCAGCGAGGUUGUAUUUCAGAAAUAGGGCUGGGACUGUUGGCAAAGGUAGCAGAGGUGUUUACAAGUAUAGGGCAGGAAGGGCUUUGGAGGAUAGUGAUUCAUCUCCUCCAUGCAUGGCUGAAACUUUUAGAUGCCUGGGUAAAGCUGCUCGUGCUGCUUUGUCUGCUAUUGCAAGGCACCUCCGUUUGCGUAGCGAUGUUUUUAACCAUAUGCUUGAUGAUAACCCACUACCUGCCUAUGAGGCAUCCUCCUCAGUGCUUGUCGCAACCUAUCUUCACGCUCCUAUGCAAAAUGGAAAAGGGGCUAUUGGAGGAGGCAAACCAUCCAUCAAUGGUGAAUUUGAGAAGGGGUUGUUAACUCUGAUAACUUCUGAUACUCCCGGCCUUCAGGUCUGUGAUCCCAAUGGUCGAUGGUACCUGGCAGAUAGUGGGUUAGGCUCUGGUUCUGUUUUGUUGCUGACAGGAAAGGCACUUAGUCAUGCUACGGCGGGCCUUCAUCCUGCCGCCACAUAUCGUGCAGCAUCUGAUGUCUCCUUAAGUGCUGGUUGUGUUGGAAGGACUUCAUUAGCCUUUAGACUUAUGCCGCAGAGCAAUGCCAUUCUGGAUUGUUCACCUGUAGGCGCUGCUGGCCAUUUUGUUCCUCAAAGUUAUGCCCCCAUAUCUGUAAGCCAAUUCAUGGAUGAUCUCUCUGCAGAAGAAGAUACUCUGUGCAAUCACAUUGACAGUACUUAUGUGGAGCAGAACAAUAUAAACAAGGAGCCAUCAUUGAGAAGUGUACUUUCAGAUCCUUUAUCUGGUGUAUUCCUUGAAGAUGCCAUGGUCAUAUCUUGUGGACACUCAUUUGGGGGUCUCAUGUUGAGAAAGGUUAUUGAAGCGUCCAGGUGCAUGCUGUGCCAUACAGAAAUUGAUACCCGAUCAUUGAUUCCAAACCUUGCUCUAAGAGCUGCAGCUGCAACAGUGAAGCAAGAGGAUGACCGAAGACUCUUCCAUAAUGCAGCACUUCGAAAACGACGGAAAGAAAUUGGUGAUCAGAUAGAUUUGGGAAGACGGAUAAACAAGGAAGAUGGAAAUACUGCUCCAGAUAAUGGGCUGCGAAGAGUUCAGUAUCCAUUUUCAGUAAAUGAGAAAGUGGUGAUAAAGGGAAACAGGAGAACGCCAGAUAAAUUUGUGGGAAAAGAAGCUAUAAUAACAUCUCAGUGUCUCAACGGAUGGUAUUUGCUUAAAAUUGUUGGAAGCGGUGAUAAUGUUCGGUUGCAAUAUAGGUCUCUGCGAAAGCUAAGUGUUUCUCAGACAAGUGAGGAUAGAUGUGCAUCGGACCCUAUUCAAAGUAGUAUUCCGUAGCAGAGAGAGAACAUAACUCUUGACUGCUCCAUCUCUAACUCUUUCAUCAACAUUUUUGCGUCUCAAGGAAAGUUAGUCGGUUUUUACGUCUUACCUGAUUUGUCGUUAGCUUGUGAGUUGUGGGUGAGAUUUUGAUUUAGGUGGAAAUCACAUCACGGUAGCUUGUAAUUUGCUGUUAGAGUUGUGUAUAGACAAGCUAAAUUAUCAGUGUAUUAGCAUUUUGUACUUUUAAAAUCAGUAGCUUGCUUGUGAAAUGAUUUGGAUUGCUUUAUGAAAUGAUAUGUAUGAAUAAAAUCAAAGAAUGAAUGAAAACAAUAUUGUGAUUUGGGCUUUUCAGGCA